AAUGCGAACAAGAGAAAACAUUUUCUCAUUUCAGCUGCUAUCGUAACCUAUUUCGGGUUUUUACCAUUUUCAGCUGUCGUGUUCUUGUUAAACCUAAUCGAAACGUUUUCUUGACGAUUGUAAUUUUUACUGAGGUUAUGCUGCAAUCAAGGUCGGACGCUGAACCCUAAAAAAGUCCAACUUCAAUAAGUGUCUCGGAAAGAAAUUUAAGAUCGAUUUGUGUUUAAAUUAUCGAAAAAACGCCGGGUAUAAACAAUUAUGGAAGACGAUAAUCAUGGUGAAAUCUCCCAAGAUGACAGCAUGGGCCCAAACAACGAAGAUGCUGGUGAUUUGAUCUUAAAUGAAGAAGAAGCAGUUGAAGAAGACCUAGCUGUGGUCGAUGAUGAACAAAAUGAGUUGGAAUCAUCGGAGGAAGAAGAGGAGGGCGGUGAGAUGAACAGGAUCGGAGUUGGAAGAUGGAGGAAUUUCCUUCUUCACAUACAUCAGGGUGGGCAUCUUCCUAGAUUUCAAAACUUUGGAAGGUGGAGGGGUUGGAUUGAAAGACAUCUGAGACGAAAUAAUGACAACAGUGAUCCGGAAGAUGAUGAUGAAACAGAAAACAUUAAAACCCCAACAAACAUUACUUUUGACAAGAACUUGCCUACUUCACAUUCAUACCUUGGAGAAAUGGAAGAUUGCAGCGGUGUGCCAUACCAGAAGGAAGAUAGUUACAUCACAAUGCCCAUUAUGUAUGUGAAUGACUUUGUUCUCAUACCGGGCCAGACACUUCCACUUCAGAUUGCCCGUUUUAAUGAAGUUGCUCUGAUACAGAGAGUAAUGGAACAAGAGGAUAAAACAUUUGGAGUUUUGACAGCAAACCCUACAAUUAGCAGUGGAACACAGGUGACAAAAAACCUCUACGACUUUGGUUGCACGGCAGAAAUUCGGUCGUUUCGUGAAACUGAUGAUCAUGAGGUCACACAACUUCGAAUUGUUGCUGUUGGCCGACAACGGUUUCAAUUGAUGGAAAAAAGAACCCAGCUUGAUGGAAAUGUGUUGGCAAAAGUAAAGAUAAUAUCUGACAUUGAUCAUCAAUCUUUGAAUAAAAGUCUUGGUUUAUGUAGAAAUUGCCAACCCACCACUGCUACUAAUGAAUGUGGUGAUAGUCUCUCAGCGUCCCAGUUUCCCCUUCAGAGUAAUUACCAACAUACAUGGAAACAUAUGAGAAGGAAUGCAUGGAGCACAUCAUGGCAACCGUGGGUGCAUCGUAUGUAUGACGUGGAUUUUCUUCGCUUAGAGAUCUUUAAAGAACUCCGGGAAUGGAAUGGAAGACUUCUAGAGACGCAGUGUCCGGUUGGUGCAACAGAUUUCUCCUUUUGGGUCGUUACGAUGGUCCCAUUAAGUGUCGAGCGUCGAUUGUUUCUUUUACAGCUCCAGAGCGCCGUUCAACGGUUACGCUGCGAACUGAACCUUCUCCGCAAGUCCACCACACUCCAUUGCUCGCAUUGCUCAUUACGCAUCGCUGAACGCAAAGACGUGUUCAGCAUGUCAACAUCUGGUCCUAUGGCUGCAUAUGUAAACCCAGGAGGGGUGGUACACGAGACACUCACUUUAUACAAAACCACGAGCCUUGAUCAUGUUGGGCGACGAUCAACGGAGCACAGCUGGUUUCCAGGGUACGCGUGGACGAUAUGCGAAUGUCGGAGAUGUAGUCGACACAUGGGUUGGAGGUUCACCGCCACCAACCCCAACCUUAUACCACAGAAGUUUUGGGGACUUACCCGUUCCGCUCUUUCACCCCAGGUGGCGGACAGUGAUGUCAUUGGUGAUGACGUAGGUGACAAUGAUGACGCGUACGGUUCCGCCAUGUUCCGAGAACGGCCACCGUGGAUCCCACAGUUGUGACGACAUGUUGCGCUUAUUUCUUUGAUUCUGCUAUUUAUUUAAAUAACGUAAAGUUUUUUUCUAUUGUACUAUCAUCCCAUGCGCUUGACAGCAGCAUUACCCUAAUGCUCUGUCUAAAAUUAAUUUUCCACAUGAAAUUCAAAAGCAAAAUUGCUUUAGACCUAUACAGACACAUGGGAAGGAUAAUUAUUGUUUCACCUGGUUUUAUUCUCGUUACAACGUUCCUGCUGUAUGUUGAUAUAGCAAAAGUUUGGUGGAUCAAAAACGUCGCUUAAUACAGUGACGAAAAAAAAUUGUUACGCUGAGACCAGCAGUUCAAUUGGUAGUGUUUUAACUGGUCAGGUUCGCUCAAUAUUUUGAUUAUAUGUUUCAAACAUGCUGUCUGCCUAGUAUUGUUACCUUUAACUGACUUGCAUAAAUAAUUAAAGGUCAUGCGAUUGGCAAACUGA